AUGUCGCGACAAAGCGUAGCGCCGCAGCGCAAUUUGUCGCUGACCGAAGAAUUGGAGAAAUUGGAGCAGUCCAUCACCUUGACACUGCAAGAAAUCGACCACAACUUCAGUCGCGCCCACCGGAUCGUAACGACGGGAAUAUUGCCCAUUGUCGAACAGUAUGGGAAACACUCCGAAGCUGUUUGGGAAGGCUCUAAGUUCUGGAAGCAGUUCUUUGAAGCCAGCGCAAAUGUCUCCCUCUCCGGAUACGAAGCGCCCGACCAGGAUGAGUCUGCCGUCCAGGAAGACUCUCAACAAUCGCACAUGUACGAAGACGAGACAGUAGAGGAAGAUACUGUGACGGGCGCUACAGCAACACCUCCUAGACCGACUUCUGCGCAGGACGACGUCGAGUCCACCAUAAGUUUCGACUCGCCGUCGCUCGGACACAGCACACCACGCGGACCGCCCUCGGGAAAGAAAGACAAGGUGGAAGAGGGAUCGGACGAGGACGAGGACGAAAUCGAGCCACAGUUCGCCGGCCUGUCUUCUCCAUAUGAGACACUCAAGGAGGAGUUCCGAACGGAUAUUGGAGGGAGGAAGACACCAAGGCUAGAUCCAGUGACGCCCGGAAAGUCACAGGCACUGCCAGAUAUGACUGGCUUCGACUCGUCGCCUUUCGUACAGCCUACAGCCUCAAAGAGGCCCUACAUCAACCAAGACCCACUGCUACAUCGUGUCUUGGACAAGACGUUCCGAGUACAAGCCACACCAAUCAUCAGUCCGAGGAAAUACAAGCCAACUGGUGCGUUUACUCCGAGAGCUACCCAACGGGAUGCCGCGACCCCUCGUGGAGCCACUUCGACCCUACCAAGAUGGGCAGAAGACUCGUCACCUCCGUCAUCACCCGCGCCACAGCUUCGUGCUGAUAUCUUCUCGCCUAUGAAGACGCCACGAACACCUGGCGUUAGCGUGCAGACACCUGCGAAGGGCAAGACGCCGAUGACCUUGCACAGGACGGGAACUGUAUUUGAUGAUAGCGAUGACGAGGAGUAUGAGAUCGACUUGAGUCCUCCGAAGACAAUCCAGUUUCACAUUCCGCAGAGCAAGCUGCUGCAGACGCCUGCCCGCGAAGCCAGUAGGCGCAUCGUCGACGAUCUACUGUUGACUGCAGGCGGCGACAUCACGGACACGACUGAAGGUAUGGACGAAGACAGCCCGAGUGUGGUCAGGCAUGGGGUUGAUCUUGACGACAGCUUCUAA